AUGGUGUCUCCAGCCAUCGCUCUGGCCUUCCUCCCCUUCCUCAUCACCCUGCUGAUCCGUUACCGGCACUACCUGGUGCUGCUGUACCGCGCCGUGCUGCUGCCUUGGCUGCAGGACCGCCUCACCGGGGUGCCCCGUGAGCAGCGUGCCUUCCAGUACGUGCUGACCCACGCCAUCCCCGGGGACCCCCGGCACAUCCUGCACACCUUCGAUCAGUGGAGCUACCACUGCGAGCACCUCGGCUGCGUGGGACCCCUCAAAGGGAAGAUCGUGGAGAAGCUGCUGUGUGAGCGGGCACCGCGCACCGUGCUGGAGUUGGGCACCUACUGCGGUUACGGCACCGUGCUGAUGGCCGCGGCGCUGCCGCCGGGCGCCCGGCUCUACACGGUGGAACCAAACCCCCACCACGCCUCCGUGGCCGAGAAGGUGAUCCGCCUGGCAGGCUUCGACGAGCAGACGGUAGAGCUGAUCGUGGGCCGCUCCGAGGAGGUGAUCCCGAGGCUGAGGGAGCAGCACGGCCUGCAGUGCGUCGAUUUCGUCUUCAUGGAUCAUCGGAAGCGUUGCUACCUGAGGGAUCUGCAGCUGUUGGAGGAGCACGGGUUGCUGGCCGAUAGGGCAACGGUGCUGGCUGAUAACGUGGUCUUUCCAGGAGCCCCACACUUCCUGCAGUACGCCAAGACGUGCGGGAAGUAUCGCUGCAGGGUGCACCGGGCCAGCCUGGAGUACUGCCGUGCCAUCCCCGAUGGCGUUGCUGAGCUCUGCUACACCGGGGCCCGCUGA